UCUUCUUUGCACUUUCUCUGCCUGCCAUCAACAGAGUCUGGGACCUUGUAGGAGAACUUGCUUGCGGCAGAGCGGGGAGAAGUGGCAAGUGGGGGGAACGUUCUCCAGUGUGAAUCCAGCCCUGUCUCCUGGUCUUCGUGGAGCAAGACGGGUUCAAAAAAGUGGCCAAGGUCCACUAUUUGUCAGAAGAGACUUGAGUGUGGGCAAUGGAUUACUCUGCCAUGGGGGAACAAGAACCUGCCCCCCAUUAUUUGGAGCCUUCUCACUUGCAAGCCAACGAGGAGUCUGAUCUCUUCUUCACUGGUUCAGAGGGUGUCGAUUCUGGAGCUGUGCCUACAUAUUUCUCUCGUAUGUCUGAAUCCUACAGAAGUUCUCCAGUACGGCAAUUGUAUCCAGUUCUCAAUGGUUUGCAAUGGGUGGAUGGGCACCCUUACAGCACAGCAGCGUGGGCCUCCAACUCUUCUGGGAAACCUCCCGCUGGACUUCCGAUCUACACCUCUGCUUCUUCAACAUACCAGCCCCUCCAAGGCCCUCCUUCGCCCAAGGACCUGUCCCCCGAAGACAAGGGGAGCCCCAGAUUCCUGGAGAUGUUGAAAACAGAGAGGUUGAGUCCCACCCACACUGAACUGCUUCCAUUGGGGACUUCAGCUGGAGCAGUUCAUACCCCUUACACAAUGGGGCAAGAGUACGGAUACUUCCAACCACCUGGGAGCCCUCUGACAGCGGGAUAUUCCUCCAAACUGCGGGGGGGAGUGCAGCUCUCCCCCAAUGAGGCACGCGAAUGUGUGAACUGUGGGGCCACGGCCACGCCACUGUGGCGAAGAGAUGGCACAGGCCACUAUCUCUGUAAUGCUUGUGGACUCUAUCACAAGAUGAAUGGGCAGAACCGGCCCCUGAUCCGGCCCAAGAAGCGCCUGAUUGUCAGCAAGCGAGCGGGGACCCAGUGCAGUAACUGCCAGACAACGACAACCACCCUCUGGCGCCGCAACAUGAAUGGGGAACCCGUAUGCAAUGCCUGCGGCCUCUACUUCAAGCUGCACAAUGUGAACCGUCCCCUGGCAAUGCGCAAGGACGGGAUCCAGACACGGAAUCGUAAGGUUUCCUCGGCCAAGUCCAAGAAGCGCAAGGGAAGUUCUGGGGAUGCUGCAAUGGCAUUGAAUACCUCCUUAGAGCUACUGCCGCCUCCCUUGACAGGGGAUGAAGCUGCUGCCCUCUACACCUUCAACCCCAUGAUGCUAUCAGGACAUCUUCUCCCGUUUGGACCCAACCCUCAUCUCCUAGGGGCUCCCCCUGGCUUUCCUCCACAACCUUCUCCUGCCCCGCACAGCUCCCCUGGGGUUGUCUCUGCACUGGUGUAAAGGCCUCUCUAACACACGCAUCUACGUACAAUGACUCUGGGCCAUCAUUAAGGUGGGAGGAUUUUACUCGAGCAGUAAGCUUUGGGAGCAGAUGUAUGAACCGCUUGCGGCCUGGGUCCCCUCAGCUCAUCAGAGAAGACCGAGACUUCCUAUAAUAUAGAUCACACAAAACGAGGUGGUAAAACUGUUCCCAGAGUGAACCACUUCUGGAGUGGGGAGCGGGGAGGUGACAGGCAAGGAAGAAAUCCCGGCCCAUAUAAAGCUAGCAUGUCAGGAACAAACCUCGAGCUUACCUUUCCCCCCGAUGUCUCUAGGCUGGAAGAUUACAUCUAUCUUAUAGGAAGAUACAGCCUAGGAACAGCUUUGCCACCACAUGUGAACUGGUACAUGGAUUGAAGCAAGCUACCCAUCCAGCAACCUUUAUAUGCUUGUCUAUCCAGCUUCAUAUACUCCCUUUUUUGCACACUCUGCUAGAAUCCCCCCUUCACAGCCCAUCUGGGUACUGCCAUCCCCGCUAGGGUUGCCAGCUCCAAGUUGGGAAAUUCCUGGAGAUCUGGAGGGUGAAACCUGGAGAAACCUGGAGAAAGUGGGGUUUGUGGAGGAAAAGGAACUUGGCAUGGCAUAAUUCCAUAGACUCCACCCCCAAAUUAGCCAUUUUCUCUAGGUGAACUGAUCUCUGUGGCCUGGAGAUCAGUUGUAAUUCCAGGAGAUCUCCAGCCACUACCUGGAGGCUGGCAACCCUCAUCCCCGCGGGCAAGCUGUGUCCAUCUGCACAGCUAUGCACCCAUUCCCAUGAGAUCUCUUGGAGCUCUAGAGCUGAAAGAGGCCCUCUAGUCCAACCCCCUGCCCAACGCAGGCAAUCCAAAGUUAGAGCCUCAACAACAGCAUCUGAAGAACUCCAAGAGAGUGAAAACCAAUAACACAGUGGUUCUAUUGCUGAACCACUCCUAUGGUUAGGGUGUUCCUAACAUUCAACCAAAAAUUUACCUUCCUAUUGCUCCUUCUCCUGUAGCUGGAUGCUUCUGCAACACGCCAGGGCUGGACUACAUGUUGUGAACAGGCUACCCAGAAACAUUUUGUGACAGUUCAGACCAGGGCUGUAUUAGUCAUAAGGCUGACUAGGCUGAAGCCUAGGUCAGGGCCGUAUUAGUCAUAAGGCUAACUAGGCCGAAGCCUAGGUCAGGGCCGUAUUAGUCAUAAGGCUGACUAGGCCGAAGCCUAGGUCAGGGCUGUAUUAGUCAUAAUGCUGACUGGGCUGAAGCCUAGGUCAGGGCCGUAUUAGUCAUAAGGCUGACUAGGCCGAAGCCUAGGUCAGGGCCGUAUUAGUCAUAAGGCUGACUAGGCCGAAGCCUAGGUCAGGGCCGUAUUAGUCAUAAUGCUGACUAGGCUGAAGCCUAGGUCAGGGCCGUAUUAGUCAUAAGGCUGACUAGGCCGAAGCCUAGGUCAGGGCCGUAUUAGUCAUAAUGCUGACUGGGCUGAAGCCUAGGUCAGGGCCGUAUUAGUCAUAAGGCUGACUAGGCCGAAGCCUAGGUCAGGGCCGUAUUAGUCAUAAGGCUGACUAGGCCGAAGCCUAGGUCAGGGCCGUAUUAGUCAUAAUGCUGACUAGGCUGAAGCCUAGGUCAGGGCCGUAUUAGUCAUAAGGCUGACUAGGCCGAAGCCUAGGUCAGGGCCGUAUUAGUCAUAAGGCUGACUAGGCCGAAGCCUAGGUCAGGGCCGUAUUAGUCAUAAGGCUGACUAGGCCGAAGCCUAGGUCAGGGCUGUAUUAGUCAUAAGGCUGACUAGGCCAAAGCCUAGGUCAGGGCCGUAUUAGUCAUAAGGCUGACUAGGCCGAAGCCUUGGGGCCCCGCAGGGACUAGGGGCUCAUCCAUUUUUUUUUGCUGAGGCACACUCCCACAAAAAUUACAAUUAAUCAAUUCUCUUAUAUAACCUCUAUUAAUAAAAUAAUUAACUGCUUCCUUAUUGAAGUGAAACAAAUUGUCUCUUAUAUUAAAACAAUUAUUCUUAAAUUACAUUUUUAAUAAAUAAUUAAAAAAUUAAGAUAUUACAGUAUUGGACAAUUAUACCCCCAAAAUUUGCUUUCCUGAAGAGUUCUACUCGUGCAAUAAAAAUAUUUUUUAAAUUGUGAAUAGAAUUCUUCAGGAGAAUGGAUAUAGGGCUAUGUACUGUGGUAUAGUACCUACCAUACCAGGGUCAGGCUGUCAGCUGUAGUGGGCUGAAAGAUUGAAGUGCUGGAGGGGCCCCGAAAUACCUGAAAGCCUAGGGGCCCAGCCAUGGUUUAAUACGGCCCUGGUUCAGACUGUUAAGCAGAGUGCAGACCUGACACAAGGAGAAACCUUCAUUUUGCAUACCAUCAUCCAACUAGGAUUGUCAGCUUCCUUGUGGGGGUCGGAGUCCUCCCAGAGUCCGCCACCCCACAGGGAUCCGUUCCCUUGGAGGAAAUGGCCAUUUCAGAGGAUGGACUUUAUGGCAUCACAUCUCUGCUGAGCUCCCCCAAACUCCAUUCCAAAUCUCCAGGAAUUUCCUAACCUAGUCUUUUGGUGCUACACCUCUGAAGAUGCCAGCCACAGCUGCUGGCGAAACGUCAGGAACUACAAUGCCAAGACCACGGCAAUACAGCCCGGAAAACCCACAACAACCAUCGUUCUCCGGCCGUGAAAGCCUUCGACAAUACUUCCUAACCUAGAUUUGGCAACCCAAUAUCCAACAUAUGCAAACUCCAGUUUGCGCCUCAGGCACAUCUGAUAACCUUGUAAAUGGGGCCCUUCCUUUUUCACUCAAUUGAUCUAUGGACCUCUAUUCGUAGUUUGCCGCAUCCUGAUUCUCACCUCUCUAUUCCCAAAUAUCUGUCUGUCCUCCCCAUCUCAUAUCUAAUUAAUUAAGCACCCAGAGACUUCCCACCCAGCUUCCCUAAAAGCUACUGAACUGGCUUCUUUCCAUUGUAUGUCUCAGCUACUUUCACCCAUGCAAGCCAAGAUACAGGGAAAGGGAAUUUCAGUGCUACCGCACCCUGUAGAGGACAUCAAUGGAGGCUGUGGCGGAGAAUUCCCAUGAUGGAUUUCAGCUGCCCUCCCCUGUUUAAUCACUAGUUGAUACAAUCAGCAGUAUCCAAAGUCAAACCUUUUAACUGCAGAUGAAAGAAUCGCAUGUUAUUGCCUCCUUAAGAUGUAUCAUUUCUGGAUAUUUUGAACCCAUGGAGGGGAAAAGGGUUUUUUUUCUGGGUUGUUUUGGAAAAAUGAGAAACAGAAAUUGUGCGGAAAUUUGAAAUAUAUACAAUGCUUACAGUGUAGUCCUAAGAUAAACCCUUCUACGGCCAUUAAAGACAAAGGGCUUAGAAGGGUAUAACUCUGUUUAGGAUUAGAGAUGGGCACGAACAGCAAUGCGAAUUAAAAAAACCCACGAACAGCCCAAUCUGCUGUUCACAAACAAGCUGUUUGGGAAGCCCCAUUCUAAAUAUAUGAAAGUCUGUCAUUUGGAGGAGGGCAAGGAGCUGUUCCAGUUGGCAGCAGAGGGUAGGACGCGAAGCAAUGGGCUAAAACUACACGCACAAAGGUACCGGCUGGAUAUUAGGAAAAACUUUUUCACGGUCAGAGUAGUUCAAAAGUGGAAUCAGCUGCCUAGGGAGGUGGUGAGCUCCCCUUCACUGAGUUUUCAAGAAGAGGCUGGAUGAAUACUUGUUAGAGAUGCUUUAGGCUGAUCCUGCACUGGGCAGGGGGUUGGACUAGAUGGUCUGUAUGGCCCCUUCCAACUCUGUGAUUCUGUGAUUCUAUGAAAUGAACAGGUGGUCAUUGCAAGCCUUCGUUGCUGUUGUUGCUGUUCGUCAAGCCAGACAGUCUGGCACCUGCAAUCAAUUCCCUUGGCAACUUAGGCAGGGAUUGUCUGAACUCUGUCUGAACUCCUGCUGUUGCCCUGGAAACCCCAAUCUAAGCCCAAUUUAGCUUGAUAGGCAGGUCUUCCUUCCAAGUGUGGACUGGAGCUCCAAAUUUGUUAUAAGAGGAAAAGACGAGCGGGGAGGGAGGGCUCCCAGCUCUGGCUUUCAGGGAGAGACAGCUGUUGUUAGAGAGUCAGGGUGAGUGCAUUGGAGCUUGAAUUUUCUUUGUGUGUGGUGGGAUAGGGAUCUACCCCUUCAGGUUCCAGGGCUGCUGCCAGGCUCUGGGGCCUAGCUAUUAUUUAUUAUUGGUACAUUUCCUGCUGCCUGCUCAGGUAGGGUUUCUGGGAGUGGUGCGGUAGGGAUCUUGAUGGCUAGAGGAGAGCCUGCUGGCCCCCACGAACAACAAACAAUGAACAUGUUCGUGAACAGGAUCAUGUUCGUCAAUGUUCGUUGUUUGUUGUUCAUGGAUGGCAACGAACAAUGAACAUCAUGUUUGUUUUUUCUGUUCAUGCCCAUGUCUACUUAGGAUUGCACUGUUACACUCCUAUCAAGCCUAAACUUAUUUUAUUGCUUUACCAACAUAAAAUAUAUCAUUUAUAACAUAGCUACCAUUUAAAAUUGUACUGCUGGCAUAUUUAUGGAAUUUAAAAGUACAAAUGACAGGUGCCAUGCUAAGCAGAGUUAUACUCUUCUAAGCCCAUUGACUUGAACAGAUUUAGAAGGGUAUAACUCAGUUUAGGAUUGCAUUGUAAGUACCAUUAGUGUCCUACAAACCAAAUUGCAAAUAUAUUGAGUUCUUGAAAGAGAGAGCUGCAAAGUGCUGGACUUUUAGAGCACAUAUCUUAAUUCUUGAGAUCUGAGAGGGAGAGGGAAUAUCAAAGCUGAAAUCAGAAUGCAAGUUUUGUAGUAAACAAACGAAAAAAUGAUAUUGGGACAGAUACAGUCUCCUACAGUCACAAUAAAACUAACAGUAUAUUUGGAUAUCAAGUUAAACUUCAUGUUGAAAACACCCAGGGCUCAUUUCGAGGGGGAACGCACCGGAACGCAGUUCCGGUAGUUCCCCAAAGAGGUCACGUCAGGUGGCCCCACCCACCUGACUCUCGGCCAUUUGGGGCCCGUUUCGGCCUGGAUUGGGGCCGAAACGGCCUGGAUCGGGCCUCUGACGGGUGGUGGAUCACUCUCCCGCUCAUCAGUGGCCCAACCCUGACCAAUUUGGGCCCCUUUUCAGCCAUUUUCAGCCCCUUUUUGCCAUGUUGGGCCUAAUUUGGGCCCUGAAUGGCCAGGAUUGGGUCCAACACAGCCAGUAUAGGUGAUGGCAAGAGGUGUGGCAUAUGCUAAUGUUAUGCUAAUGAGUUAUGCUAAUGAGUUCCUCCAGCUCUUUUUCUACGAAAUGACCCCUGAAAAUACCAAACUCUUCAAUUAUGUAUUAUCAUAAAACACUUUGCACGUGAAUUGAUGCCAAAGUGAUUCACAUUUAAACAAUAAACAUAUCCUUGAAAACAUUGUAUAUAUCUGCAGCAUAUAUAAGAAUUCUCAGUAUCUAAUGCUGUAGGAUGUCACAGAAAUACUUUCAUGCUAUACCUUUUGAGAAAAUAAAACUUUGUCUUAAAAAAGCAUUUCACUCAUUCCAAAAGAGAAAACAUGUCAUAGUAGUUUUUUUCAGUGCUCCCCAAAAUUCAACACUCCCUCUUAAAAAAAAAAUCCUUGGGGAUAGAAGUGUUUUUAAAAAAAUCACUUCAUAUCCUCUCCUCCUGAAGUGCUAUUAGGGGGAAAUCUACAUGGUUCCAGGCAUACAUGUGGGUUUCCCCAGGGGCACUUUUAAGCUGAGAAAAUGGUAAAGGGAAAAGCUGAAGCCCUUUGUCCAUAUGCACCACAAGUACUGAUCCUAACUGGGCAUUGACAAACAAGAAUGAAGAAUGUAUUGUUGAAGGCUUUCACGGCUGGAGAACGAUGGUUGUUGUGGGUUUUCCGGGCUGUGUUGCCGUGGUCUUGGCAUUGUAGUUCCUGACGUUUCGCCAGCAGCUGUGGCUGGCAUCUUCAGAGGUGUAGCACCAGAAGACAGAGAUCUCUCAGUG